GGACCAAUAGUCUUUAAGAAAAGGUCUUAGUGGACACAGACCCUCUCAGUUCCAGGUGGACGUAACCUUUGUUUCCUCAGCGAGCCGUUAAAUGAGAUAAACUCUGUGUGACUCAUCGUUAGAGAUGCUGACAAAGACCCGCUGCUGCAGCAGGUGUGUGUCACUGAACACUCUCACCUGCAGGUGAAUCCCGUCUUCUCUCUGAUGACGACAUCACGCCUCACUGUUAAUCUGCCAAAUCUGCCGGCUGACAUUUACCACAGCAGCAGCACUGAGGAGGUGAACAGACAUUUACACAGUGUGUGUUUGACGUGAUGCUCAUCCAGAGGAAACGUCUCGUCUCCAGACUAUAAAAGUCGUCCGGACCUUCGGACCGACAGACGAGGAGAGAAACGACAGAAAUCUCCAUCCAACGGCCGAACGACAGGAAAACACCAGCAAUAAGAGACAGAAGCUGAGAGGACGGAGCGGAGAAUGUGUCCUGCGUGGCUAUUGGUGGCUGUGGUGGUUGUGGGCGUGGCCAAAGGAGCUGCCAGUCAGUGCUGGGAGCAUCCGAGCUGUCAGGAGCUCAACUCUGAGAGCAGCAUGAUGGAGUGCAUCCAGCUUUGUCACUCCGACCUCACCGCGGAGACGCCCGUCAUCCCAGGCAGCGCCCACCUCCAGCCUCCGCCUCCGUCAGACCCCUCCUCCUUCACCCUCCCUUCCUCGUCCUCCUCCCCUCAGGCCAAGCGCUCCUACUCCAUGGAACACUUCCGCUGGGGGAAGCCAGUCGGCCGAAAACGCCGCCCGGUCAAAGUCUACACCUCCAACGGCGUGGAGGAGGAGUCAGCCGAGGUCUUCCCCGGAGAGAUCCGGAGGCGUGAGCUCGCCAGUGAGCUGCUGGCAGCAGCAGCUGCAGCGCAGGAGGAGGAGGAGAAGGCGGCGCAGGAGGUGAUGCAGGAGGCGGAGGAGGAGCAGCAGCAGCUCCUGGGAGACGUCCAGGAGAAGAAAGAUGGUUUGUACAAGAUGAAGCAUUUCCGCUGGAGCGGCCCGCCGGCCAGCAAACGCUACGGUGGCUUCAUGAAGAGCUGGGACGAGCGCAGCCAGAGACCGCUGCUCACGCUGUUCAAGAACGUCAUCAACAAAGACGGACAGCAGCAGAAGUGAGAGGAGGAUGGAGAGGCAGGAGACGCUCGCAGCCUGUUAGCAGACCAAUAAAAAGCUUUGAAAUCAUGAUUCUGAGUGACUGAGAGAGACGACGAGAGAGUGUUUUGAUAUUUAUUGAUUUAUGUAAAUAACUGUAAAUGAUAUGAAAGCAUAAAGAGUUAUUUGCAAGCAAAAGAA